GAGCUUUUGAUGAUUAAUGUAACUCAAAUUCAACUUGUCUUUUCUAAAAGACUUGUACUUUGGCUGUGAACUUUUGAAUCCUCUUGGGAAACAUGAAAACCAAGAACUACAUUUUAAAUAUCUUUCAGGACAGUUGACACAUUUCAGGGAAAAGCUGGGUUUUUUUUCCUGCAAGGUUCUAAAGAAUCUGCGUUCUCUGGAUUUUAAAUAAGUAUAAAAUGAAAACAGGUUAAAACUUAGCCUUCAAAAUGAAUAUUGAAAAGUCAGAUGACAAGGCAAAGAAUGGCUUGAAGUCUUCCUUACUUACAAGGGAUGAAAAUGGAAAUAACUAUGUACAUGGCAGAGCUACACCUUCCUCAAAGAUUUGUGCCACCAAGAUAAACAGUAAUUCAACUGACCAAAAUACAGUGAGUGAGCAUGAAGAUGGUAUCAUUCUUGAAAAUCAGAGUGACUUUGGAAGUAUCCUUUUAAAAAAGCAGUGUACUGAAGCACUUCCUCUGCAGAAGACACCUGGUAUAUACAACUGCACAGGAGCUCUGUUGGGAGAUGCAGAUGCUGCAUGCAAGUCUUCUGUGACUGAAAAGACUUGUGUAUAUCCUUGGAACUGUGAUUUGAAAGAAAAAACAAACUUACUGACAGGUAAUGUUGCUAUGGCAAAAAUGCAAAAUCAGAGUAUCAAUCAAUCGGUGCCUUACAGUCAGACUGACUCUAAGUGUGUAUUAUCUCUUCCUGCUUCAGAGCGGAACACGUGGUCUCUGAUAAAUGACAGGUCAUGCUGCCACCUGAACACAUUGGAUAGUGAUAAUAUUAUAGGUGAAACUCUGGGAACUGAUCAAAAUGAUGACAUGCAUCCAAGGGAAAUGCUAAUACCUUCUGAAGUGUGUAUGAGAGAGAAACUUGAUGGAAAUAGCUCAGAAAGAACACCUCAUCUUUCCUCUAUGAUAGUGGCUUCAGAAAGCCCAGAUGCUCAUUCAGAACUUGAAGUAUGUUGUUCUGCCUCUGCAGGUGUCGAACGCUAUUUAAAAAACACUAACAAGACUGACAAAGAAUCACAGGAAACAGAAGCACAGUCUGUAAAACUAGCUGCUGGAUAUAUAAAUCCUUAUAGGCGAGAUGCAUUAUCACCAUACAUUAAUAUUAAUGAAGAUGACCAAGUAAAAUCUUUGCAGGUUACCCCUGACCAUGGUGAAACUGGGAGUUCCAGUGCUGAGACAUGCAUAGAUAGUCCAAUAAAUAAUGUACACCUUCUCCCAGGAGAUAAAAUGGAUGGAGAACAAGUAUUGAAGAAAACCAAUGAACCCUUAACCAAAGAAAAAAGUAUCUGUGGAAAUGCUGCUCUUCAGGAUAUGCACACCACCUCUUACAUAUCUCACAGUGUACCAAAAUUAAAGAGGAUAGUUAUGCCGGACCUGAAAUGUGAAGCAACUUUUGUGGUCUUCAGUCCUACGGCUGAUGAAAGCAAUUCUGCUCUAUGUACUUCAACACCUAACGAACGAUCAAAAAAUAGAACUUUUUCUGUUUCAGCUUUGGCAGAACUUGGAGACAAGUCUCCUAAACUAAAACCAAAUGAGGUGUUUGUAGGAGGGCAUAAUAGAAGGCCUUUGCUUAAAGCUAGUUCGGGUCAAACUGCAGGUAAACCAGUGGGCAGGUCUCCUAUUGUGUCAACAAUAACCAAAGCGAAGAAAUCAGAGAUUGUUAGUUUUCCUAAACCUAAUUUCAAAAAUGUUAAGCCAAAGGUUAUGUCUAGACAUGUGCUACAGUCCAGAGACAGUGCAGCAUUAAAACAAUCUCCCCAGUCCACCCAACAGCUAUCAACUGUCUCCUCAUCUUCACUGGUUGCUUCUGCAAGGCAACUGUCCCCUUCUAUAAAAGUGCUGAAAAAGAAAAUAGAUCUAGCUAAAGAUAAUACAGUGGAAUUGCCUGUGAGUAAGCCCCAUAAGCUACAUCUUAACAAACACCUCUUCGCUAACCAAGUCGUACAUGCCACAACACAUCCCAGAAAUGCUUCCCACAAGGCUUCAAAGACACCUGUGUUAAAGCAGAAUCCGGAAGACAUUGGCAAAGCAAGCUCUACGCGUUCAGCAUGCUCCUCAGUUUCUGCUGCACUUCCAAUGUGUGUAGAGAACUCAGAGAUGCUGAAUGAUAAAAUGGAAAUUGCAAAUUCUUCAGUGCAGCCCUGUACCCAAAACAUCUACCUGACUGGAGGUGAAAAAGAGCAAAAUAGCAACAUGGGAAUUCUUCUGGAAGCAGCCUUGUUAAAAGAUGUGGCAAAUGAAACAUUUGACCUGCACUCUGUUCCUUUGAUGCCUUCUGUGAAAGAUGGGACAACACAAGGGAAGAACAUACCAAAGAAAGGCCGAAUCACAGUACGAAGCACAUCAACUCCCAAGGCUGUUAAAAUGGUGCCAUCUGUGUUGCCCUUGAAGAGGGGGUGUGAAAAUAAAGCUAUCGGCACAAUUAAAGCACCUUCUCACAAAGGACCUGUUCUGUCAUCAGGCUCUGAUAUAGGAUCUUCACCAAGAGAGAACCAUGCCUCGGUUAAAAAUUCUCCAGUCUCCUCCAGUAAACAGCUCACCAAAUCCCAAGUGUCUGUCAAAAGAUCAGUACUUGAGAGAACACCUAGCAUCUCAUCAGUGAGCAGCACUCAGAGUGAGCGAAGUCUUUUCAGCAGUAAUUCUGCAAAUGCCACAGUUAUUGUCAGGAAUGGAGAAUGCCCUUCAAAACCAGCCUGCCAGAAUGGUACUUCGGGAUCUGUCCCUUUGAAAGCAGUACCAAGACCUAGACUACACUCGAAAUCAACUCCAAAAGGAGUCAAGACCAGGUCUGCUCCACUGAACCAGUGCAUACCAAAAUCAUCUGGGCCACUGCACUCAGCGAGGAAAGUCAGCGAGGCUAGAGGUACUCCUGGAAGAAAUGCACACCAAAACCUGUCUCGUUUGGGUCCUGUUGACAAGGGCAAGCAGCGGAGUCCCAAGAGCUCAUGCAUACAGACUCAAGCCUCCUCAGAUGUGCAUUUGCCUGGCACAAAACCAGCUGAGUUGACACAGUACAAAACAAAAUGUGAGACCCAAAGUGGAAUCAUCCUGCAGCUGAAAAAAUUCCUGACAAGCAGUAAUCAGAAGUUUGAAGCAUUAACUGUUGUGAUCCAGCACCUACAGUCUGAGAGGGAGGAAGCACUGAAACAGCGUAAAGAGCUAUCUCAAGAGCUAUUUAACCUUCGAGGAGAACUAGUAACCACUUCUGCAGCUUGUGAGAAAUUGGAGAGAGACAGGAAUGAACUGCAAGUUGCUUAUGAAGGGUUUUUGCAGAAGUUAAACCAGCAACAUCACAACGAUUUAGCUGAGCUAGAGGAGAGGCUUAAACAGUUUUACACUGCAGAAUGUGAGAAACUCCAAAGUAUCUGCAUUGAAGAAGCUGAAAAGUACAAAGCGCAACUCCAGGAGCAGGUGGACAACUUAAAUAUCACACAUGAAAAUUUUAAGCUGGAACUUGAAAACAGCCACUCAGAAAAAGUAGAGGAGCUGAAAAAGGAGUAUGAAUCCUCUUUUUCAGAGCUCAAGAAUGCCCAUGAAUCUGAAAGGAAGUCGCUUGAAGAUUCCUUUAAAGAGAAGCAGGAAUUGCUAGAGAGAAAAAUCGAUGAAUUAAAAAGUGAAAACAACUUGCUGAGUGAGAAAUUGAAAUUAGAAGAGCAAAAACAAAUAGCCAAAGAAAAAGCCAGUCUUAAAAACCCACAGAUCAUGUAUCUGGAACAGGAGCUGGAAAGUUUGAAAGCGGUGCUGGAGAUCAAGAAUGAGAAACUCCAUCAGCAGGAUAUAAAGCUAAUGAAGAUGGAAAAACUGCUGGAGAACAACACAAUCUUAAUGGAUAAACUGAAGAAGGUUCAGCAAGAAAAUGAAGAAUUAAAAGCUCGGAUGGACAAACAUAUGGAGCUUUCAAGGCAACUUUCUACAGAGCAAGCUGUUUUACAGGAGUCACUAGAGAAAGAAUCAAAAGUAAACAAACGCCUGUCAAUGGAAAAUGAAGAACUUCUGUGGAAGUUGCACAAUGGUGACCUAUGCAGCCCAAGAAAACUGUCUCCCAGUUCUCCAUCUGUGCCUCUUCAGUCCCCACGAAAUUCUGGAAACUUCUCUAGUCCUACAGUAUCACCAAGAUGACAUCUCUUGAGAGAAAGAUGGGAUUGCAUUUCAUUUAUGAACUGCAGAACCAAUCCUACCUUUAAUCAGAGAAGCAAGAGCUAUAUUAGCCGAGGAUGACAACUAAAUGUAACUGGAAACUAUUUGGUGCAAAAAUGGUGAUAAGAGACUGAGAAUAUGGGAGUAAGACAUUGAUGUUGUUCCUCCCAAAAAGACUUGUUUGUGACCUCUAAUGGACAUUGUUGCACAAAGCACUUACAGAGCAAGGAAAGACUUGUUCAUUGCCUUUUCACCUAACUAUAAGAAAAAGCUCAGGGGCUUAGGAGAUAAAGAUCACAACCUUUAUAAUAUGUUCCUUAUCACAGACACUUUUUUUAAGGCUGUGUGUAUGCGUGUGUGUGCGUGUGCUGUGGAUGGAAUGGAUGUAACACACUGUGCGUGUGUCUAAUGCUGCCUUCUUUGCUGUGUACGUAAUAAAGGAUAAAAGCUGAAGACUAUACAUUGACAUGUACUUCCUUAAUAAUGUUGUCAGUAUGCAUGCUUUUAGCAAAGGGUACCCUCACCUGGGAAUGAGGAGAAACUGCCACUAGUACUGCAGGUUAGUUUCCUUCAUCUUUCUGGCUUCAGUAAAAAAAAAAAAAAAAGGCAUGAAAAGCUUUGUCAACUGACUCAUUAGUGUCUUGGCUGACCUGAGUAUGCAACUUUGAGUUAAUUUUAAAAACAAACUGAAUUGCAGCCAUAUUUUGCAUGGAUUCUUGGUUUAAAGUCCAUGCAGGACUAUGGGGACUAUGAGGAGACAUUAUUUUGCAGGAUUUUGGCUUCCAAGUCAACAGGGUCAUAGUCAAAACCAUGGUAGCCCUCAAGGUCAGAGGUUGUUAAUUGAGUUGCAAGUUUAGAAACCUAGACCUAUCAUCUUACCUGCUGAAAAGGAAUCACUUAUUUCCCCAAAACAGCAUGUACAUUGCUGAGGCUAUCUGCUGAGGAUAAACUAGAUGUAGAUUUGAAAGCCAAAGAGAAAAAUGCAAUAAUUGUUAUUAGGUGCGUUCUUAACUCAGUUCUCAAGAAAAAUCUUAAGUAAUUUGUGAAUUCCAAUGUAUCUGGUGACACACUUUUUGUCUUUUUAAGCAUUAGCAUUUGUAUUAACAUUCUUCAGGUUUGGCUAAAUUCACCUGAGGAAGAGAGGGAAGGUGGUAGCUGUGUAUUUAUCUGGCUAACUCUGCCAGAACUUCUCUCUUAGACUGCAGGAUAUCGAUCUUUUGCCAGUUCAUUUGGCAAAAGAUCCUGUAUGUGAGAUUCUGUAGAGCUGGGAAAAAAAAUGGAACUGGAGGCUGAGGGUGUCAGCAUUUCUGGAAACGUCAUAUGCUGAGCUUCAGCUUCAACAAGGUAAUCAUACAUCCUUGCUUUAAUCCACCCUUGGUCAGACCUCUUGAAGAUGUCUACAUUGUCCCUACUAAACACAGGUUCAACUUCAAAUUAGUAUUGCAAAUCACACUUUAUGCUUACAAUAGCUUGGGUUUUGCAGUGCCACUUCCAGGACCAUUGCUAUACUGCUGUUUAGCUAAUGCUCUUAGCUAGCUGUAGUGGUAACUGUUAUGGCAAAUUGCAUCUUAUCUGCCGAGUUUCCCUGUGUUUUUCAGUAGCCUGGGGACAGGAAUCAAGGGGAUGGACAGUGUUUAGGGAACUGACUGGAGAACCACUUCAAACCAUUCUACCAAAGACUUGAAAAGUCUUGGCUAGUAAUGAGGAACAUAGACAUAUAAACAAGACUGUUAACAGUACUCAUACAGUAAGUAAACUUGUAAUAAACUUUUAAUCAUUAAAUUUACUUAAUUUUCCAUAAUGUACAAGUUUAAGGGUGCCAUUUCUAUGGAACAUUAUGCUCUCUUUUAAUCCCCUUUAGGGCACUGUACAUACCACUUGUUAGUGGUGUCAGUACUUAAUGUUUUCUAGGGGUUUCAAAUUUAACUAUGAAAACCUUCUGCAGACUGAAACUUGCCUUAAAGUAUAUCUUGGAACAUUCUUAUCUUCUAUGGUCAGAGAGAUUUGAUCACAUGUAUAUGAGCUGAAUGCUUAAAAAAUAAAUUUUUUUCAUACUGAU